CGGCGGUGGCGGCCGCCAUGUCGUGCUAGUUUGUUGUUCUCCGGCGGCGGGAGCGGGGCCCGCCGGGCGCUGAAUUCGAGCCCUUCCCGGCCCCUCGCCCGCGUCCUUCGCCGCGGCACCGGCACCCGCCGCUCCGGCGGGCGGCACCGCGGCGCUGCCGCGACCCGCCGCCGCCCGGGCCGGCCGAAGAGCCAUGGCUGCCGCGCUGGGAGGAGGCGCAGAUGAUGACUUUGAUCAGUUUGAUAAGCCUGGUGCUGAAAGGUCUUGGAGAAGAAGAGCUGGAGAUGACGACUGGGACAGUGAACUUGAUGAUGACUUGCUUGGAGAGGAUUUGCUAACUGGAAAAAAGAAUCAGUCAGACUUGUCAGAUGAAGAGCUGAAUGAUGAUCUUCUGCAGAGUGACAAUGAAGAGGAACAAGAAUUUCGCUCUCCAGGUGUCACAGUAAGCCUCAAUGCCACACCUGGCAUCCUGACAUCCUACGAGUCCAUCAACGACCCCUCCCUGGAACACGAGGCUGAGUAUGACCAAGGGGAAGAUGAAAUUGGUUAUGACAAAUCUGAAGCACCUGAAGAAUAUGCCUCAGAGUAUGCAGAGGAAGGACAUUAUGAAGGCAAUGAUCCUGAGCUGACAGAAGACCAAAUAGAAUAUGGGGAAGAGCCUGGAGAAGAAGAUGAAGUGCUAGACCUUGAAAUCAAUGAACCCCUAGAUGAAUUUCCAGAUGAGGAUUACAUGCAAUCCUAUAAUGAGCGAGCAAUGGAAGAACAAGGAGAGUAUGCAGCUGAUGAGGAGUUGGAAGAAACCCAGACAAUGGCUAAUGAAUCAGAAGAGGCAGCUAUUGGGUCUCUGGAACUUCAAGAAGAAACAAAAGAAGAGUCUGAUGAGGAGGAGGAUGAUGAUGAAGAGUCCGGACGAUUACGUUUCAAAACCGAACGGAAAGAAGGAACCAUCAUCAGGCUCUCAGAUGUGACAAGAGAAAGGAGGAACAUUCCAGAAACUUUGGAGCUCUCUGCAGAAGCCCAGGCAGCACUACGUGAGUUUGAAGAGAGGGAAAGGCAGCUCAAGCAGGGGCGAUACGGCUCCAGGAGAGGAGGGAGAAGAGGAGGCUCUGUCAUGUGCCAUGGAAUGGGAGACCAAAGGAGAGACAAUAAUGACAGGGGAAGAAUGAAGGAUCACAGGCCUGCACUGCUGCCAAACCAGCCAUCAAUGACUCACUCUCAGAGGUUAAUUCCAACACACCAGCAACCUGUUAUGAGUCUGUUCCAGCAGCAACAGCAGCAGCAGCAACAACAACAGCAACAGCAGCAACAACAGCAGCAGCAGCAGCAACAGUUACAAUCUCUGCUUCCUUUACAGCAUCAGCAUCAUUCUUCUCCUCCUCCAGGGCUACAUAUGCCCCCUCAGAUAGAAACACCUCGAAUAAUGAUGACUCCCCCUCCAGUGACCCCCCAGCAGCCGAAGAACAUCCACAUCAAUCCGCAUUUCAAGGGGACCGUGGUGACGCCCGUACAAGUGCCCUUGCUGCCAGUUCCUGCCCAGCCAAGACCUGCUGUAGGACCCCAGAGAUUUCCUGGCCCUCCAGACUUCCAGCAGCAUACACCUGGACCAGUUCCUACCAACUUCUCCCAAGCCCCAAGGCUGCCAAUCCAGGACCAGUGGAGAGGGCCACCCCCACCACCUCCACCACUCCCUCCUCCUCCUCCUCAGGACAGAGAUCCUUUCUUCUUAGCAGAUCCGAGGUUCCCGGGUCACCCCUUGUUUGAGCAGCGCAGUCCCCCGCCGCCGCCGCCUCCCCCGCUUCUGAACAGCGCCCAUCCCGUUCCUACGCAGAGCCCGAUGCCCUUCAGCCCGCCCGGGCCCGCCUUCACGCAGCAGGGCCAGCAGCCGGUGUACCCCCGGGAGCGGCCGGUGCGGCCCGGCAUGCAGCCCCAGGGCCCCGUGGGGAUCCUGCACUUCAACCAGCCGGGCUCGGCCACGCCGCGGCCCUUCAUGCCCCCGCGGCAGCAGUUCCUGCAGGCGCCGGGACAGCCCUUCCUGGCCCCUCACACGCAGCCCAGCAUGCAGGGUCCCAUGCAUCCUCCAUUACAGCCUCAGCCACAACCUCAGCCUCAUCAGCAGCAUCACCAGCAGCAACAGCAGCACCAUCACCAGCAGCAGCAGCAGCAUCACCAUCUCCAAGGGCCUCCACAGCCCUUGAUGCCCAUGAACCAGCCACAGUUCAGGCCUCACAUGCAAGCCACACAGCAGCAGCCAAAUAACAACAGGAUGCAGUGUCAGCCACGGCAGGGUCCAAUGAAGCCAAGGCAUAGUACCCCAUCCCAGAAUAUUGUCAAGCGUUCCAGCCAGCAGCUGCAGGCGGCGGCUCCCAGGAACAGCAACCUGCGCGAGCUGCCCAUCGCCCCGGCCCACGCCCUGGACAUGGGCAGCGCCCGCCGCAGCUCCGCCCCUGCUGCCCAGGUCAAACCCAUCCCCAGCACCCUGCCCGCCACCAAGCCUGCCACUGCUGCUGCCAACUCCCAGGGGAGGCCUGAGAUGAAAGCUAAACCCAUCACCCCAGUGGGCCAGGCAAAGUCGGAAGGAAAAUGUGAACCGGAGUACCCAGACGAGGAUGAAGAAACUCGGUUGUAUCGUUUGAAGAUAGAGGAGCAGAAGCGGCUGCGAGAGGAGAUCCUGAAGCAGAAGGAGCUGAGACGGCAGCAGCAGGCUGGGGCCAGGAAGAGAGAGCUGCUGGAGAGACUUGCCCAGCAGCAGCAGCAGCAGCCUUGCUCCCAGCAGCCCUACCAGCAGCACGAGGAGGACUCCUCCGAGUUCCCCACCAACGGCAGCCCCUACAUCCCCCACUCCGGCCUGCAGACCCGGCACAACGUGAAGAGCAGACUCCUGGUUAGAAAACAAGACGCAGUAGUGGCCAACAUCCACCCCAAACCCACAGACUUCCCCCAGGGCGCAGGGGACGGCCCCUACCAAGGACAGCAGCUGAAGCCGGUGAAGCAGCUGAGGCAAAGCAGAACGAUCCCUGCGAGUCAGCCUCAGGCAGCCCAGAAAGUGUUACCAAGCAAGGUGGCCGCGGCUGCGGUGCUGCCCACGGCGCAGGCGGCGCGCGCGGCCGCGGUGCCCGGCCGGCCCCAGGAGCAGAAGCCGGGCGUGAAAAGGACAGUGAUGCAGCGGACAAACAGUGCUAGUGAUGGGCCCCAUGGAGGCAGCAAAGUCAGGGUGAUUAAGUUGUCAGGAGGGCAGGGGGGAGAGGAUGCUGGCUUUUUCCACCCCGAGGGCCAACCCCAGCGGCCUCAGCAGCCCCCGGAGCCGAAACAGCCGCCAGUGCGGAAGGUCACAUUGACAAAGGGAAUGCAGCAGCACCAACAGCAGCAGCAGGCACAGAUCCAUUCACCAGCUCCUCAAGGAGUCAAAAACAUCCAGGGAAUCCAUCAAGCUAAAAAGGUCAUUAUGCACGGCAGAGGCAGAGGAGUAGCAGGCCAGAUGGGCCGAGGACGCCUGAUGCCAAAUAAACAGAACCUGCGAGUGGUGGAGUGCAAACCUCAGCCCUGUAUUGUGUCAGUUGAAGGGCUUUCUUCAUCAACUACUGAUGUCCAACUGAAAAACCUGCUGAUGUCAGUGGGACCCAUUCAGAGUUUACAGAUGCUUCCUCAGCAACGGAAAGCCAUAGCAAAGUUCAAGGAGCCAGCACAUGCUUUAGCAUUUCAACAGAAAUUCCACAGGCACAUGAUAGAUCUGUCCCACAUCAACGUGGCACUGAUUGUGGAGUGAUGUCUGCUGAGAGAAGCCCUGCACCAGCCUCAGUGUACUGUGGAGCUACAGACUCACAGAGGAAAAUCCAUCGGGUUGGAACCCUGUCAGCUCAGUCUGUGACUGCUCUGUUGAACUCCAGAAAGCACCAAGGUGACCUCCAGGAGAGGUGAAUUCGAGAGGAUCUGCAAAGGUGGAAUUUGUGUUCAGUUUCUUCACAUUCUGUUAUAACCACAUGGAAUUAUAGAGGUUUUUUUUUCCCAAAAUGCUUUUGAUGCAUGUAGACAUUGUUCUUCAGGAUCCUACUGUGUGACCACAGUGACUUGAGAGAGAACGGUUACAGCGAAAGAUUUGAAAAACUUUCAAAAGAAUAGCAAAGAAUAUUUGAUAAUGGUUGCUCUUAUCUUCAGUGCAAGGUAUUUGAAUGAAAACUCAUUUUUCUAAACAAAUUAGUUGCAUUGUAUACCUGAGAGCACAGAAGGUAUUCUUGCAUAGAUUUGAACAUGGUCUGCUUUGCUGAAUAGCAGUUUGCUGAGAAGCUUUGGAGGUGACACUGGAAAAUUGUAGUUUUGAUCUUUGUAAAUAAGUCUGUGCAUUUUUCUAUUCCAACAUAGACUUCCAUUUUCUCUUUCCAACUCCACUUAUUCUAUAAAACCCUGUGUAGGAGGAAUAACACUGCUGUAUUUUCCCUUGGUUUUUAAAAACAAGGAUUUACCCUUCAGUAGCAUCGUGGGCUAGUGAACUCUUGAGUUGUAAUUAGGUUGUUUUAAAUAACUUUGCCAGAUGCAAGGAAAAAUAAGUAUUUGGUGGGUCACUUCAAAAAUGUUAUGCAGGAGGAGUGGUGCAUUCCUGAUAGUUCUUCUGGCCUAGUGUUUCAUGGUUGCCUCAUGUUUUGUUUUGAUCAGGUUUUUUUUCUUUGAGAUUUGUUUUGUCAUUAAUGCUGAACCAUAAGAAACCUGUAACUGAAGGGACUUGUUUUGAUGUGGUGUUCCUGAUACAUAAAGGACUAUAAGGACAUUGUGAAUCUCCUGAUGAACAUGUCAGUUCCCAAAAAUGCCAUGAAAACAUUAUGGAGCAUAUAUUUUAUUCAAAGUAAAAUUCAUAAUAUAUCCUUUUGGUUAGAACCAUCCAGACGGGGUUGCCAAAGUAACAAUUUUUUCAGUUACUUCUGAAUAAACUUAUUCAAAUGUCAUCUUUAUAUUGGAUUCCAGUUUUUAUGAACAUUUCCUUAGUUUUAGACCAUGAUGUUUUGCUUCAUGCUUUAUUUUAGGAAUACUCUUAAGCACUCCACCUACUUUUUGAAGGGGGGGACUGGCAGAAAUGUAGGUUUGUUACCAGAGUGACUGCAGAAGAAUUUUAUGGGUAUGAAAUAAAAGAUCUGCAAAUGGGGUCCAAAGUAGGCAUGCCAAGCUGGAAGGGAUGAGCUAAGCAAAUUUAUGGAACCUUUUUAAAAUAGUUUUUUUUUUUUUUUUAAUUAUUUAAUGGCACAGAUACCUAAUUGGCUUUCUUCCACUUUUGGUCCAGAUUUUCAAUUAAGUAAAAGUUACCAAAAAUAAUGAGGGAAUAAGUACUGAUAAAAGACUUCUAGGUAGACCUGCUCUCUGUUCAUUGAAAUAAUUUAGAAUAACAUGGUGCUUAGGAAAUAUUCUUUAAAUCCAUUUAAAACUUAGUGACAAGACACAGUAACAGAAUGAGAAUCUUUUCAUGGAGGCAGGGUUUACAGCCACCUGUAUAAUUCCUGCAUAAUGUUUAAUGACAGCCCCAGUUGCUGUACAUGAAGUGCUGUUAGUGCUUGAGGGUAGAGGCAAGCCCAGGACAGAGCUGCAGGUAGGAAAUGCCCAGUGGGACCGGCCCCAAAGGCCUGCAGAGUGCUCAGCCCCAGGCUGUUUAACUCCUCACACCGUUUGCUCUGGGACCCCUGCACUGCCUCCUCAGGUUAUGUCACUUUCAUUGCUAAGAAAUACCUGGUGAUCUUUAAAACAAGGCAUUGAACAGUUGCUCAUCCCCUGUUAGGGAGCAGCUUCUCUGCAGUGAGCAGGACAAGGAGACAUCUCAGAGUUACAGUAGUGCGUGCCUGGAAAUCUGGGAUUGAUGCAACUCCAGACAGGCCAGCAGCUGAGUUCAGCACUAGGAACAUCUGCAGUUGAUCAGCUGUCCUGUCAGAAGCAAACAUUAUUGGGGUUAGAGGGUUUCUUGGAGCCUAAGAAUAUGGGUUUGAUUCAAAAGUCAAAGAAGUUUGUAGAAACGCUCCUGCUUUGGGUUUUGAAUCCAUCCCAAAGAGCCUGAGGUUCAGCCAACUUAAGUUUUAAAAAUUUUUAUUCAGUUGGGUUUUUAAAUUUUUUUUUGAGACAAUGUGUGGCUUUGGAAUAAAGGCAUGAAAUGGCCUCAUAUCUAUUUAAAUGAAGGAGUGACGUGAGCAGUGCCUGUUUAAUGAGUAGAUGCAUCCUCUUUAACAGCAGUUGCAGAAGAUUUAUGCUUGUGCAUAGACAGGGUAUGGGUGGAUUGCUGGGGAUUAAUUCAGCUGCUUACUGCAGUUCCUGGGUACCUUCCUCCAUGUAAACCUACCUUAUGUAUGUAUGUCUAUAUUUGUUUUAUUAUACACAUACAUACAUACUCACUCCCUGUGUUGUCACCAUUUCUCUCUAAUGUCCUAAAAAACUCAGUAGCAAAAGUAGCAGUUAGGUGAGUCAUUUUUUGAAAUGUUUGUGUUCUCUUACUUCUCAAAUCACAACUUAAAAGUGGAUUUCUUGGCAUUGAUUGGUUUGGAUGAUACAGCUCCUUUAGAUCUAUUUGUUGUCUCCUCCCAAAAACACCCAAAGGAAGUAGAGGUAAAGCUAGACAGACGUGUUCUUGAUGUGUUCUCUUCCAGCACAGAGUUAAAUCUGAGCAUUUUAAGUUAACUUUCUUGGAAGAUCUGUUGCAACCAUUAUCUUGUUCUUUCUUUGUAGUGAAUUCACAAUACAAUGCAAAAUGGAAAAAAAAAGAGAAGGCAUUUAAUGUAGUAUGUAAAUAUUGACCUUUUAAAAUUAAAAUGCUACUCAAAGUGCUUACAGUCAACCACAUCUUAGCUAUUUGUUAGUUUUUUGUGUUGUCUUAUCUAAAUUUAAAUGGAUAUGGUUCCAUAAAUGUUGAUGUGUUUUUGUGUAUAUCUUCAAAUUUUUAUAAAGAUGCUAGUAAGUCAAUACAUAUAUCCUGAUCUGUGUAUUAUUUGUUCAGUUUUUAUUAGCAUAAUUUUAUAAUUAUUUAAAUAGGCAACUCCAGUAGGUGGUUAUAUGAAGUCAGCUUUUCUUUUUUUUUGAAAUUAUUUCAUUUCCAUCUUGUACCACUGGAAAGUUCACUUUAUAACUAUUCAUAUUUUGCCUUGACUAAAAUAUUGAAGUACCCAUAUGAUCUGUGGUAUUUUAGUUGAAUGUUCUACUUUUUUUUUUUUAUUAUUAAAAAACCCUAAAACAGCUCUGUCCUUUAACUUCUGAGGGGAAACACUGUCAGACCAAGGCACGGGGUCUCUCUGGGUUUGUUCCAUUGUGCUGUUUGCAGGUACAAAUUUAGGUCUGUGGUGUAAUACUGUCCUCAAAAGUUGGGGCUGUUUUGGUUGCACAGUUUGGGUUUCACAUGUGGGGCAGGUUGGUGGCACGUUGGUGCAUCCCAGUGUUAUCAGUGCCACCCCUUAGCAGUGCCACCCCAGCCUGUGGUGUGGUGCUCAGGGUCCUUGCUGCAGGCAGGGGCACCAGGACAGCUCUGUAGCAUUUCCAUAGCCAGAGGGGUGCUGUCCUCAGCCCACACAGAUCCCCAGUGUGGCUUUGGGAAGCAGGAGUGGAUCCAGGCAUCCCCUCUGCAUGCUAUCCUUGGAUAUCUAGUUUAUCCCCCUCAUUUAAAUCUGAAGGUUUGCUUCAGGUUUCUGAUUUUUUGUAAAGUCCUUCCAGCCUUUAAAAUGCCAAGCAGAUUGAGCAUUUUAAUUCACUAAUGUUAGGUUUCCUCUGCAAGGACACAGAUGAGAGUAAAACUGAAGGUUAUUUCAGAAUAACCUUGGAGGUCCUCAAAAUUGGUUUUUUUUAACGUCAGCUACUGGGGAUAAAAACAAACUCUUUUACUUGGUGCUAUAUUUUUAAUCUUUUUUUAAACUUAGUAUUUUCUUAUCUGUGUAGUUUGAAAUGAUGCAGUUUCCCUGGAAGCUGUUGCAGGCACUUCCUGCUCCCAUUAUCUGUGUGGCUGUAUGUGUGUGUGGGUGUGUCACCCUUGUACCUGGGCUGAGAGGGGGUGGGAGGCUCUGGGGGUUCUUUUGAGAGUUUUUUUGGCUUUUUUUUCUUUUU